AUGGAGAAGGACAAAAGCCUUGUGUGGGACUGUGGCAGCUCUCUCUACGACUCUUUCGAGCUCAAGUCCUUCAUGCAGCAGCUGGACUCCGCGAUCACCUCCCGGACCAUGUCGAUGCCGCACUUGUCCGGGACCUCUCAUCCGCCUCCCGCGCAGGCCCGGAAGAAGUCCUCCAAGCUCUUCAGAUCAGUUCACAGGCUUCUCCGGUCGGUGCUCCACGUUCCAUCCAUGCUCAAGGUUCAAGUUCGGUCGCACGAACACAAGGAUCGAGCACCGCACCAGAAGUCCGGUCGACUCGCUCCGAUUCCGGAGAUCCGCGCGUCGGUGAGGAAGACCAUGUCAGCACGCUUCACCAGCACGACCGCACCGCCGCCGCCGGCGUUAUCAUGA